AUGGCCGCUGAGAGUUGCUUGCUGGGUCUUAGGGCGUAUGAGUUUCCCGCCUCUGGCAGUUUGUUUGCCGCAGUGUACGCGUUCACGAGGCAUCCACAUAACGAGAUGGAUAGAACUCUAGCUCUUGUUGUUGGCUAUUCCAGCUGCUUGGCCAAGUCUCUGCCGAUCUGCAUGGGUAACGAAGUCUCCUGUAACAGAUGUAUCCAUGGCUACGCGAAGCAGGGCUGGCAUCGUAGGAAAGAGGAAGAGUUGCCCAGCGAGGACACAAUCAAUGCGGUGAUAUCUGCUGCCGCAACCCCCAUGAUGGCAGCAGCAACUGGCACGAAUGCUUGCGUAGCCUUUGUUGGAGUAGCUUUCGGAGCAAAUCACGCAAGAGAGCAAUGUCACGUCUGGUCGCAGCAUCGUGCCAGCAGGGAAGAGCGGGAACUCUCGCGAAGGGUUAUCCAUGGCGGUGUCUAUUACAAGCGGGAGGCUCCAUUGGGGAGAUUUCACGAUGACGAGAGCAAAUUGGCUGGUGCCUGUUCCUGGGUAGCAGAAGAGUCGCGCUUGGUGUAUUUCCUCGACGCCAUGACCUCUACCCGGAGGGCCCAAAAUGAUGCGCCUCACUACCCUCAGUGGGAAGAUAGAAAUGUUCCAGCACUAGUUUCUAGAUGGGGUCGUACUAUCAAGGGUAGUAGAAUCCCUCUUAGGAUCUAG